AUGAGCGGAUUGACUUUCAGGUCGGCAAAGGGCCAUUGGAUGACAAACCUCAGCCGGCCGCGUUCUCACGGACCUACUGGGUUAUUUGUGCCGCCCAGCCCUCCUUUGGACCCUGAGAAAAUCAAAGAGUUACAGCGCUUCGUUACCCUUUCCAAGAAACUUGUGGUGAUGACGGGCGCAGGAAUCUCCACGGAGUCUGGGAUCCCAGACUACAGAUCGGAAAAGGUGGGCCUUUACGCCCGCACUGACCGGAGACCCAUCCAACACAUGGAUUUCGUCCGCAGCGCUCCGGUCCGCCAGCGGUACUGGGCCAGAAACUUUGUGGGCUGGCCUCAGUUCUCCACUCACCAACCCAACCCAGCACACUGGGCCUUGAGCAACUGGGAGAAACUUGGGAAGCUGCACUGGUUGGUGACGCAGAAUGUCGACGCGCUGCACUCCAAGGCGGGCAACCAGCGGCUGACAGAGCUCCAUGGAUGCAUGCACAGAGUCCUGUGCCUGCACUGUGGGGAACAGACGCCCCGCAGGGUGCUGCAGGAACGCUUCCAGGUCCUGAACCCCAGCUGGAGCGCCGAGGCGCAGGGCGUGGCCCCUGACGGUGAUGUGUUCCUCACCGAGGAGCAGGUCCGGAGCUUUCAGGUCCCUUCCUGUGAUCGAUGCGGUGGCCCUCUGAAACCAGAUGUCGUUUUCUUUGGGGACACGGUGAAACCAGACAAGGUUGACUUUGUCCACAGGCGUGUGAAAGAGGCAGAUUCCCUGCUGGUGGUCGGAUCAUCCCUGCAGGUGUACUCUGGCUACAGGUUCAUCCUCACCGCCCGGGAGAAGAAGCUCCCAAUUGCCAUCCUGAACAUUGGACCCACUAGGUCGGAUGACUUGGCUUGCCUGAAGCUGGAUUCCCGCUGUGGGGAGCUGCUGCCUUUAAUAGACCCACAGUGACUGAGGUCUGAUGCUCAGAAAGCUGCCAAUGGACUGUCCGUUGAGCCCUGUUGCUAAAGGUCCCUAAGGAUUCAUUCUUCCCUGACCUUCAGAGGAACGGAAACGUACGGGUUUCAUCCUAUAGAGGGCAGCAAAGCAAUAUGGACAGGCUAGGGCAUUGCUGCACAGGGCUGUUUUCAGACCAGCUGUCUGUGUCCUUGGGUCGAUGCUGUUCUACACACACACACACACACACACACACGCACACACACACACACACACACACACGCACACACAGACCACACACUCACUCACACACACCGCCUCCAAGACAGGGUUUGUAACAGUCCCGGCUCUACUGGAACCAGCUUUGUAGGCCAGGCUGGCCUUGAACUCACUACGAAGCACCUGCCUCUGCGUCCCAAGUGCUGGGAUUAAAGGCGUGUGCCACCAACGCCCAGUUGAGUAGCUGUUCUUGAUGGCAUAGCUCCGUCACCAUCCUUUUCAUAACACCCAGAAGAAAGAAAUAGCUGGGAAGUAAUAAUAAACCAGAAUGGUCUGUGGAGAGCCAACGCUGCGAUCUCACCAAUUCAGAGAAUGACUAGAAGGACAUCUAUAAUUUACUUAUAACUCCAGAUGGUUGUACCUGACUGAGGCACUUUGAUAUUUUUAACAACACGAGUAAUAGCAUACAUGGAUUUUUUUUAUUAACCAAACAAUAAAUUAUUUUUA